CGGAGUUUCAUUUCGAUUGAGAGGAUUAGGUUGCUUGCCAAACCGUGAGAGAUUUGAAUAUUGAGCUGUUCCAAGGGCUUAAUACAAAGAUUUCAAGUACCAUGUCUACGUUGACAUCCAUUCCUUCAAAUAGCUCCCGUAGUCUCGAUCUCCAUUCUCGCCGUAGAUCUCAAGCUCGGAUCAUUGGUUCUUCUCUCCGAUGGUUAGUAGCGAGCCGAGGGGUGCAAUCGGCCCGCAUAACUGGCAAAGUGCAGAGCAAACUCCAUGCAGUGAUGAACAGCAGCAGCCUCCCAGCAGCUCCACAACCUCCAUCACCCAAUCCCCCUAGCUGGGCACGUUGGAUUUUGGGAUCGUUACUCUCCAUAGUUCUACCACUUUUGAAGCUAAAAGGUGGAUUUUUACAGAUAAUAGGGAAGGUGGAACAAGUAGUGGAUAUGGUGGAAGAUGUAGUAGAGGCUGUGGAGGAUGUCGCCGAGGUAGUGGAAAAUGUCGCGGAUAAGGUGGGAGAUAGUCUUCCUGACAAUACGCCGCUGAAGUGUGUGGCUUUGUGGGUUGAGAGCACUGCCAAAGAAGUGGGGGAUGAUGCUGAACAUGCAAAAGACUUCAUUGACAAGGUGGAGGACUUGACAGAUGAAGUAGAGAAAAAGGUGGAGCAGCUCAUAGAUUCCUUCACAGGUGAUGAAGGUGAGGCCGUCCAAAAGGAAACAAACACCGUUGGAUUGAAGGAAGAGGUGGACCAGGCCCUCAUAGAACAAAGGGAGCAGAUCCUGAAAGAGGAAGUACACGUUAAAGGAUUGAAGGAAGAGGUGGACCAGCCCCUCAUAGAACGAAGGGAGCAGAUCGUGAAAGAGGAAGUAGACGUUAAAGGAUUGAAGGAAGAGGUGGACCAGCCCCUCAUAGAACAAAGGGAGCAGAUCGUGAAAGAGGAAGUACACGUUAAAGAAGUGGCGAGUUAGCACACGUUAGACAGAUAUGAAAUCCACGUGGGUCUGAUUGGAUCAAAGUUGCACUUUGACUAGUCAACGUCACCUAAGACAGAGGUGAAAGUCAUUGGAUUAGGCGCGGUGGAAUUGACUGCAUUUUCUUUUUUUUAUUCUUGUAAACUUCCUUUUCCAUUCGUUGCAUUUUAUUUUAUUUUUAAUUUUUUUUGUCUAAUUGGACUUGUUGUUUCUGUACGUUUUAGGUUGUAACAUGCUCUAUAAAUAAUUGAUUUCCCUUCAUACU